GGCCGACCCCUCCCCCUCCCUGUGGCCGCGCGGCGUCGCUCUCCGGGUAUUUGAACCGCGCUUCCGCCAUCUUCCCAGCGCCCAGUCACUGAAGGGAGCGACGCGGAGAGAAGCCUCGGGAAAGACCCAGCAUGGCCGCCCAAGGAGAGCCCCAAGUGCAGUUUAAGCUUGUCCUGGUUGGUGAUGGUGGCACUGGUAAAACAACAUUUGUAAAACGUCAUUUGACUGGUGAAUUUGAAAAGAAGUAUGUAGCAACGCUGGGUGUUGAAGUUCAUCCUCUGGUGUUCCAUACUAACAGAGGCCCUAUUAAAUUUAACGUAUGGGACACAGCUGGCCAAGAGAAAUUUGGUGGCCUGCGAGAUGGCUAUUACAUCCAAGCUCAGUGUGCCAUCAUAAUGUUUGAUGUAACAUCAAGAGUUACUUACAAGAACGUACCUAAUUGGCACAGAGAUCUGGUACGAGUAUGUGAAAACAUCCCUAUAGUGUUGUGUGGCAACAAAGUGGAUAUUAAGGACAGAAAAGUCAAGGCAAAAUCCAUUGUCUUCCACAGGAAGAAGAAUCUCCAGUAUUAUGACAUUUCAGCUAAGAGUAACUACAACUUUGAGAAGCCUUUCCUCUGGCUUGCUAGAAAGCUAAUUGGAGAUCCUAACUUGGAGUUUGUUGCCAUGCCUGCUCUUGCACCACCUGAAGUUGUUAUGGACCCAGCACUGGCAGCACAGUAUGAGCAAGACUUACAGAUUGCUCAAACCACUGCACUGCCAGAUGAAGAUGAUGACCUGUGAGGGAUGAAGCUGGAGCCCAGCGUCAGAAGUCUAGUUUUAUAGGCAACUGUCCUGUGAUGUCAGUGGUGCAGCGUGUUUGCCACUUUAUUAUCUAGCUGAGCAGAACAUGUGCUUAAUCUUUGGGAUGCUGAAAGAGAUGAAUGGGCUUCGGAGUGAAUGUGGCAGUUUAAAAAAAACAAACAAAACAAAAUGAAAAAAAAACCAAAACAAAAAACUUCAUAUUUUGGACCUGCAUAUUUAGCUGUUUUUUGGACUGCAAUUACUUCCCCUUUUGAGUUUCAAAUAUAAGACUGCUGCAGUCACAUCAGAGUGUUAAGUGGUAAAUCUUGUUUCUGUCAUUCCCAUUAUUUUUUGUUUAGAUAAUAAAGUUGUAUUUCAAGUAUCUCUAAGCAAGUGAACUUUCAUGCAUUGUUAGGAAAACUCUUCAAAGUGUCUUCUGUUCUUCAGUUGAGGCUAAUACCUGGUUGUCUACUGCAUUUGUCAUUCUCUGUUCUCCUUUUCCCUCCUGCUUCUCAUGUUAUGCUCCUCUUGCUAAAUCAGAGCUAACAGUUAACCUUCCCUUGAUUUCCUGAAGCAUAUAAUUAAAGCACCUGAGGAAAGCUGAACUAACUGCCAGGUAAAACUAAGGCAGUGAACACUUGGCUGGUAAGUGUGACUGGAUCAGCAUUUCCAUGCAAAUGGGAAUGCUUGUGGUCUGCAGGGUGUCUUGAGAGAAAAGUGUGUAGUUCAGCUUGCAUAUGCUACCAUUAGAAUACAGUCUCUCAACUCUAACUUUUAAUAUGUUCUACAAUAUGCCUUCACAGAGCUCUGUAUUUUUAGUAGCCAGAAACAAAUGGCAUCUAGGCCUGCUAGGUGACUUAAAAGCUGUAUCUUUGCAUGGAACAUCAUUCAGUAGAGCUAUAGCUGAUUAAACAAACUCUCUAAGCAUCUUAAAAUUCACUAACUAGAAAACAGCUGUAGUUUGAGCUAAAAAGCUCUUGGCUACAAAACAGCAUAUUAACAAAAACCACAUUUAUAUAAAUAUCUAGACUUUACUGUAACUGCACCAAGUUCUUAAUUUGAAACUAGCUUAUUACAGCACAAAUGGUGGAAAAUGUCAACUUUUAACACUAUCUUGUAGAGAUUAAUCUUGGUCAAUAUUAGUACUGCUAGUAAACAAAACUAAGUUUAAGAUACCAUUUUUCAGUAGUGUUUGAGUACCUGAAGCCUUGAACUCUUCAGUUUUGUAUUUUUGGUUUCUUAAUAAAGUGGAGCAUUUCAUUUA